CGCGCACACACUAGUUGAUUACCAUAUGGAGGUUACAUGUCGCGAACGAAUGAAAUAACGGUGAGUACAUAAACCCCUAUAAAUUGAACACAAAACAUGUAGCUAAACCUUUUUCAAAUCGAAAAUGGCGAUGUCUGGAGCAUGUUGUGCACCAUUAACCCACAACCCCGUUCUGUUAUCCCGCCCCCUCACUACUCCCAUUCAUCAACUUCAAUUUCAAACACGCUCUUCUUCGCUGCCCUUCUCUAACCGCUCUCCACCUCCCUUAACCCAUUUACGCUUCCGUUAUUCUCGCCCCUCCGCCCUCUCCAACGAUGGUUCAGGUGGAAAUGAUGGACGUGACGGUGACGGUGGCUCUGGAGGAUGGAAUUCCGAUUCCAAUGAAUCCAAUGAUGGAGGGGGAACAUGGUCCUUCUUGUCAUGGUACUUGGCUCUUCUUGCAAAAUACCCUGUUGCCGUAAAGGCUAUAACAUCUGCAAUUUUGACACUAAUUGGAGAUUUGAUUUGCCAGCUUGUGAUAGACAAAGUGCAGACACCAGACUUGAAGAGGACAUUCCUAUUUACUCUGCUCGGUUUUGUGCUAGUUGGUCCAACAUUGCAUUCAUGGUACUUGUAUCUGAGUAAAUUGGUUACUCUUCCUGGAACAUCUGGAGCACUUUUGCGGCUUGUACUUGAUCAGUUCUUAUUUUCUCCCAUAUUCAUUGGAGUUUUCUUAUCUACAUUGGUGACACUAGAGGGAAAGCCAUCACAAGUUGUACCUAAGCUUAAACAGGAGUGGUUUUCUGCAGUUCUAGCAAACUGGCAGUUAUGGAUUCCUUUUCAAUUUCUCAACUUUAGAUUUGUUCCUCAACAAUUUCAGGUCCUUGCUGCUAAUUUUGUUGCUUUGGUAUGGAAUGUUAUCCUCUCAUUUAAAGCACACAAAGAAGUUCUUCCAAAAUAAAAUUUUUCGGGCUAGGAAUUCGCGCGGAGCUUCGGGAGCUGUAUUCAAGUUUUUUAUUUAUUUAAAAUGUUAUGUUAAUUUAGGUGAACAUGAAAACUAGCUGUUGUAUAAACUCGCAUGUAGAAUGUUACAUGCACUUUUGUGGAUACAAUCUUCCUCCCUGUGCUCCCGAAGAAGGAAGAUCCUACAUCAUUCAGACAUCAACAAAUUCAAAAGGAAAAUGAUUUUUGAAAGUGAAGUUACAUAUCUGAUUUUUUGAGUGGUGAGUUUAUGAAUCUGAAUUUACAUUUUUAAUUUCAUGAUUACAACUAUAGUUCAUUUAAA